CUUGGAGACAGACAUGAUACAAGGAGGCGUGUACGGCUCAGGAGGAGAAAGCUUGCAGGCGGAGGAGCAAGCCCGGAUUGGGCUGACGUCACUGUACCCACCCUCAGGAUGCCUCCUCAAGAACAGAGUGCUUAGUGGCCCCUCCCUCCUGGAAAUGCAUUUGAAGUUCUCUCAAGACUUUGCUUCCUGCUUGGUGUCAGGGCAGGACAGAUUGAGUUUGGUGUAAAGGGUGGGACCAGCCUUUGGGGCUGAUCACUAUGAGCUGGGCCAUCCCCAUGUGAGGGACGGGGCAGAUGUGGACACUUCCUGGCCAUUCCUGUGCCUUACAAACGUGCCCCUGUGAGGACCUGCUGCUGCCCUCAUUUUACAGAUGGGGAAACUGAAGUGCAGGCAGGUCACACCCAGUAAGGGGUAGGGCUGGGCCUUGCAAAGCAUCACACUGUGGGUGUUUGCCAUUAACUAAACUGGCAUUGGCCCUGGUGAGAGGCUUCAAUGAGGAGAGGAUACGUAUCUCUAGCAUGGGAUGGAGUGGAGCUCUGGUCAACACAUGACAGAGACCAGAGAGUAGGGAGGGCCUGGCUGGGCACUGGUGGAGCCAGGUGAGGCCCCAGGGCUGCACUGAAUGAGAGGGAGGGACACAAGGGGACUCGCUGGCAUGGGCCUCUGUGCCCCUGGACCAACAGCUGCAGCGCUUGGAGCCCGAAGGCUUAGUGUGAAGGGCUUGGGCAACUUCUCGUCACAGCCUAGAGCCAGGGUCAGAGGCGAGGGGAGCAGUGGCAGCACUGGCUGCUGCUCUCACAGCUGGUGCUGCCUCCCGUGGCCCAGGUCUGGGGAAUAGGGUGCAGGGAGGGGCCCUUGUGCCUGUGAGGCAUGUGGGGUCGGGGCCUGGGGGUGUGUGGGCUACAGCGCAGUGAAAACGGCUCUCUGCAGUGCCCUUUCCCAGGCAGGAGGUCUGGCCUGCUUUCCCAGUGGCUAUAUAAGGUUUGGUGUCCAGCCCUGGGCUCCGCGGUAGAUGUGAUACAGCUUUUUCUCUGGUCUCUGAGCAAGCUGUCAGUGUCUUUCCUGGGGAACACUCCCCGUUUUGUUUCACUUCUUUUUAGAUGGUGAGGGGCUUUGGAGGGUUUGGGUUCCUCCAGCCAUGAGGAGUGAGACCAACACAAUGUUUCUCAUGGGCAUUAUCAGCCUCAUUGGCCAAACAUUCACUGUGGUGGACUGCCCAUGUCCUGCAUGGUGUGGAGGUGCUGGUCCCUGCCCCGCAAGGAGCAGCCUUGGGUGUUGUGGCUACCAUGGUUGGUGCAUGUUUUCAAAGGGCCAUGGUGGGAGUGGCUCUGCCCUUCGUUGUGACUCACUGGACUGGAGCUGUUGUCAGUCUUCGUUAGGGUCCCCAAGCUGGUAUGUGGUUAUAUUCAAGCUUGGGCCAGUGGGGCCCCUAUGAGGACAUCAUCCGGGGGGCCCUUCCUGCUUCUAGAUCUCUCUGCUCCUGAGAGGCUAGAACCUUUGACCUGGCAGCUUGGAACAUAGAGCCUCCCUGAAAGGGCAGGGUGGGUGCCAGGCUGGGCUUCUUGCUCCGGGACUGGGAGUUUCUGGGGGGGGCAGGAGCAGAAGCCUGGAGGUGAGGACCUUGAGGGGGCCCCACCUGAUGCUCCCUUGUGCCUCUGCAGAUAUGACUCCUACGAGGCCUGUGACUCGAGGGCUGUCCUGAGCGAGCGCGACCUGUACCGGUCAGGCUAUGACUAUGGCGAGCUUGACCCUGAGAUGGAAAUGGCCUAUGAGGGCCAGUAUGAUGCCUACCGUGACCAGUUCCGCGUGCGUGGCGGCGACACCUUCGGUCCAAGGGCUCAGGGCUGGGCCCGGGAUGCCCGGAGCAGCCGGCCGAUGGCCUCGGGCUAUGGGCGCAUGUGGGAAGACCCCAUGGGGGCCCGGGGCCAGUGCAUGUCUGGUGCCUCCCGGCUGCCCUCCCUCUUCUCCCAAAACAUCAUCCCCGAGUACGGCAUGUUCCAGGGCAUGCGAGGUGGGGGCGCCUUCCCGGGCGGCUCCCGCUUUGGCUUCGGGUUUGGCAAUGGCAUGAAGCAGAUGAGGCGGACCUGGAAGACCUGGACCACGGCUGACUUCCGGACCAAGAAGAAGAAGAGAAAGCAGAGUGGCAGUCCUGAUGAGCCGGACAGCAAAGCCACCCGGACGGACUGCUCAGACAACAGCGAUUCAGACAAUGAUGAGGGCACCGAGGGCGAAGCUGCAGAAGGCACUGAAGGUGCCGAGGCUAUGGAGAAGGGCUCCAGAGCAGAAGGAGAGGACGAAGAGGGAAGAGAGGACGGGAGAGAAGAAGGCCGAGAGGACCUAGAGAAGGGGGCCCUGACCACCCAGGAUGAGAAUGGCCAGGCCAAGCGCAAGUUGCAGGCAGGCAAGAAGAGCCAGGAUAAGCAGAAAAAGCGGCAGCGAGACCGAAUGGUGGAAAGGAUCCAGUUUGUGUGUUCUCUCUGCAAAUACCGGACUUUCUAUGAGGAUGAGAUGGCCAGCCACCUUGACAGCAAGUUCCACAAGGAGCACUUUAAGUACGUAGGCACCAAGCUCCCUAAGCAGACGGCCGACUUUCUGCAGGAGUAUGUCACCAAUAAGACUAAGAAGACAGAGGAGCUCCGAAAAACUGUGGAGGAUCUCGACGGUCUGAUCCAGCAGAUCUACAGAGACCAGGAUCUGACCCAAGAAAUUGCCAUGGAGCAUUUUGUGAAGAAGGUGGAGGCAGCCCACUGUGCAGCCUGUGACCUCUUCAUCCCCAUGCAGUUUGGGAUCAUCCAGAAACACCUCAAGACCAUGGAUCACAACCGGAACCGCAGGCUCAUGAUGGAGCAGUCCAAGAAGUCCUCGCUCAUGGUGGCCCGCAGUAUCCUCAACAACAAGCUCAUCAGCAAGAAGCUGGAACGCUACCUGAAGGGCGAGAACCCUUUCACCGACAGCCCGGAGGAGGAGAAGGAGCAGGAGGAGGCGGAGGGCGGCGCCCUGGACGAGGGAGUGCAGGCCGGAGCGGCAGGCGUCGCGGAGGGUGCAGAGGGCGCGCCGGCGCAGCCCCCAGUACCCCCAGAGCCGGCCCCCGGGGCCGCGUCGCCACCGCCGCCGCCCCCGGAGGAGGAGGAUGCCGUGCCCCUGCUGGGAGGGGCGCUACAGCGCCAGAUCCGCGGCAUCCCGGGCCUCGACGUGGAGGACGACGAAGAGGAGGACGGCGGGGGCGCCCCGUGACCCGGACCGGGGGCGGGCGGGGCCCGUGUGGCAGAGGCUGGAAGCAGAGCUUAAUAAAGUUCUUCCCACCCCA